AUGGACUCUGGUCCGGCGCCCACGCGCCCAACAGGAGCUGCCGCGGCGGUGGCUUCUCCGUCGUCGUCGUCGUCGUCGUCUUCAUCGCUCAUCUUUCUGGGCACGGGCUGCUCCGGUGCGCUCCCCGACGCGCGAUGCCUCAUCCAGCCGUCGGAGCCGCCGUGCACCGUCUGCUCCACGGCCCUCUCCCUGCCGCCGGACCGGAACCCCAACUACAGGUGCAACACCUCCCUCUUGAUAGAUUAUUGCCAUGAUGAUGGGACUCACAAGUACAUUCUAAUCGAUGUCGGCAAGACCUUUAGAGAACAAGUUCUCCAGUGGUUUGUGCGCCACAAAAUUCCUUCCAUUGAUUCGAUUAUUCUCACGCAUGAGCACGCAGAUGCUGUCUUAGGCCUUGAUGAUCUCUGGGUGGCACUACCGAGUAGUCAGAGAAAUGAAAUUGGCAAAGUUCCUAUUUUUCUCACCCAAUUCACAAUGGACAGUGUUGCAGCAAGAUUUCCCAACUUGGUUAAACAGAAGCUGCAGGAAGGUGAUGACUUUGCCAGACCUGCUCAACUCGAUUGGACGAUCAUUGAGGGUGAUGUUGACAAGCCAUUUGUAGCAUCGGAGCUUGAGUUUUGGCCGUUGCCAGUUAUGCAUGGAGAGGACUAUGUCUGUUUAGGCUUCUUAUUUGGGAGGAAAGUCAGAGUUGCGUAUUUAUCUGAUGUCUCAAGAAUUCUACCUACAACUGAGCAUGCAAUUUCGAAGUCUGGUGCUGGACAAGGGCAAUUAGAUCUACUUAUACUAGAAACAAACAGGUUGCAUGGGGCGGGAGAUGAUCGCAGUUGCCAUUUGACUCUGAGUCAGAGUCUUGAUGCUGUCAAGAGGAUAUGCCCUAAACAAGCUCUAUUGAUUGGAAUGAACCACGAGUUUGAACAUCACAGAGAAAACCAGCUGUUAGCAAGAUGGUCUUGCAGGGAAGGAAUACCAGUACAACUAGCUCAUGACGGCCUGCGUAUCUUCAUUGACCUGUAA